GCUCUAGAGAACAACAGUUAUCCAAUAUGGCGUCCGUCAAAAUUUUACGUCAAGACUGAACACAUUCUAGGUGCACGCUCGGAAACAAAAUGACUUAGGAUUGUAAAAAUUGAAGAUACAAUAUAGGAAAGGUCACGUCGCAAAAUGUCGGCCACUGAGCUGUACACAAAGGGAGCUCGGGUAUGGAUCCCAGACUCAGAGGUUGUGUGGCGGGGCGCAGAACUUUUGGAAAAUUACACCGGGCAGAAAUCGGUCAAGAUCCAGUAUGAAGAAGGAGAGGGUACCGGAAUAUUCAAAGAAUCUGUACUGGAAAUCAAAGAUAAAACCAAACUUCCACAUUUACGAAAUCCUGACAUCCUCAUCGGAGAAAACGACCUGACCUCUCUCAGUUACCUUAACGAACCAGAAGUGCUGUAUAACCUGCAGGUCAGAUUUGCAGAUAGAAACAUCAUCUACACGUACUGUGGUAUCGUGUUGGUGGCCAUCAAUCCCUACGAGGAAGUGAACAUCUACAGCAAUGACAUCAUCCAGGCUUACAGCGGACAGGACAUGGGCGCCAUGGACCCCCAUAUCUUCGCCGUCGCUGAGGAGGCCUACAAACACAUGUCAAGGUUUGACAGGAACGAGUCGAUUAUUGUUUCGGGAGAGUCAGGGGCUGGAAAAACCGUGUCAGCGAAGUACGCAAUGAGGUAUUUCGCGACUGUUGGAGGCUCGCAGGCCGAGACCAUGGUAGAGCAGAGAGUGUUAGCCUCUAACCCGAUCAUGGAGGCGAUCGGCAAUGCCAAGACGACGAGGAAUGACAACAGCAGUCGGUUCGGGAAAUACCUGGAAAUCACCUUCAACAAACAACAUGAGAUUGUCGGCGCACAUAUGAGGACAUACCUCCUAGAGAAGUCAAGAGUUGUGUUCCAAGCUUCUGAUGAACGAAAUUACCACGUGUUCUAUCAACUGUGUGCGUCCGCUAACCGACCCGAAUUUAAGAAGUUCCAGCUAAUGAGCCCUGAUGACUUUUUCUACACGAGCUGCGGACAAGCUCCGGAAAUUCAGGGAGUGAACGAUGCUGAGAAUAUGAACAAUACUUUGGACGCCCUGACGUUACUAGGUGUUGGCGAGAGACACCAGCUGAUGCUGUUACAAAUUCUGGCUGGAAUUCUACAUUUUGGAAAUGUUAAAAUUACGGAGACUGAAGGAGAAUGCUGUGAAAUUCCAGCGAAGGACAAGUCCCUGGCCACCUGCUGUUCACUACUGGGGAUAGAGGAGUCACAGAUGAGGAUGUGGCUAUGUCACAAAAAGAUUACCACUGUCAACGAGGUGCUCACUAAACCUCUCACCGCCAGCCAGGCGAGUUUUGCACAGGACGCCCUGGCCAAGCAUAUCUACGCCGAGGUGUUCACAUGGAUUGUAAACAAGAUCAACAUCACGCUGCACAGCGUCACCAAGCAGCACAAGUUUAUUGGUGUUCUUGACAUUUACGGAUUUGAAACCUUUGAAAUCAACAGUUUUGAGCAGUUUUGUAUUAAUUAUGCCAAUGAGAAACUUCAACAGAUUUUUAACAGCCACGUGUUCAAACUGGAGCAGGAGGAGUAUGUACGGGAGGGUAUCGAGUGGUCGUUUAUUGAUUUCUAUGACAACCAGCCCUGUAUUGAUCUGAUCGAAAGUAAGCUGGGAAUCCUGGAUCUGUUGGAUGAGGAAUGUAAGAUGCCACGUGGGUCUGACGCUAACUGGUGUCAGAAGUUGUACAGUAAACACCUUGGUAAAGCUAAACACUUCGACAAACCACGCAUGUCUAACAUAGCGUUCAUCAUCGCCCACUUCGCCGACAAAGUCCAGUACUUUGCUGACGGAUUCCUGGAGAAAAACCGAGACACAGUAUUAGAGGAACACAUCAAUAUUCUCAAAGCCAGUGAGUUCGAACUGGUAGCUGAGCUGUUUGAUCAUAAAGACCCGAAUUUAAAAAAGCCUAGAUCAGGAUCCGCCGCGACCCAUCCCACACGUUCAGUACCAAAGACAGGGGCCAAGUCGAACCGCAGCACGGUCGGAUCACAGCAACAACAGAAGGCAACAGUGGGAGAUCAGUUCCGAGACUCCCUGAAGAUGUUGAUGGAGACCCUGAAUGCCACGACACCUCAUUACAUCCGCUGUAUCAAACCUAACGAUAAUAAAGAGGCCUUCACGUUUGAGCCUAACAGAGCAGUGGAACAACUUCGGGCCUGUGGUGUGUUGGAGACGAUACGCAUCAGUGCUGCUGGUUACCCUUCAAGGUGGACUUAUAACGAGUUCUUCCAGAGAUACCGGGUCCUGGCCAGAUCCAAGGAUAUCAAUCGGUCCAACCCCAGACAGACGUGUGAAAACAUCCUUACGAAAAUCAUACAGGAUCGAGAUAAAUACAGGUUUGGUAAAACGAAAAUCUUCUUCCGGGCCGGCCAAGUGGCGUAUCUUGAGAAGCUACGAUCAGAGAAGCUCCGAGCCUGUGGUAUCAUGAUCCAGAAACACGUUAAGGGCUGGUUAGCACGACGACGGUACAAGAAGAUCAUGCGGUCUAUAAAACUGAUACAGAAACACGGCCGAGGAGUGCUGGCGAGAAGACAUGCUAAGUUUCUACGGGAGACAAGGGCUGCCACUAAGAUCCAGAAAACAUUUAAGGGUUUCAAGGCUCGCAAAACCUUUAUGUUCAAGAAACGUGCUGUAGUAAAGCUACAGGCAUGUAUCCGAGGGUUGUUUGGAAGACGGCAGUACCAGAAACAGAUGCACGAGUACCGAGCCAUCGUCAUCCAGAAAUACAUUCGCGGCUGGUUACAGCGGCGAAGAUACCAUAAGAUCAUCCAUGGCUUCGUCUUGAUUCAGUCCCAUUACCGGCGACGCAAGGCAAGAGCCCAGCUUAAAGUUCUCAAGAUCGAGGCAAAGUCUGUGGACCAUCUCAAGGGAGUCAACAUAGGUCUGGAAAACAAGAUCAUAGAACUACAACAGAAACUGGACAACAGGAAAAAGGAAGUCCAGCAAGGGAAGGUCAAGGACGCCGAGAUCGUUAACAUGAAAACUGAGAUGGAGAAACUCCGUCAGAACAGUAACAUGGCUGAGAAAUCAACCAACCGUAUCACCGAGUUACUGAAGCUGAUAGAGGAACUCCAGGAGGAGUUAGCCAAGGAGAAGGGCGAGAAACAGGACCUGUUGGCGGAGAAAGACCUCACGCACAAGAAACACGCCGAGUCGACAAAGAUGUUGAUGGAUGAGAAUAUGUCCGUUAAGGAACAGUUAGACAAGGCAAACGAACAGAUUCGUAACCAGGAGAAACAGUCGGCAGACACUAGUAAGGAAAAACUGGACACCGCAAAUAAGAUCAUGAUGGCGGAGUUUGAGUCGGAGCGUGCUCACCACCAACGUCUCGUCAAGGACUAUGCACGGCUCCAACAGCGCCUAGAAAACCUCCAGGGUGAAAUGCAGGUCCUGACAAGUCCACAGGGACACAAACGCACACCCUCUGAAAUCUCCGCCAUCAGUCUCGAGUCAUAUGCCAGCUCGAUCUCGCCAGAGGAUAAGGAUGAUUUUGAGAAGGAGUCUGAUCAGGGUUAUGACACCACAGAAAAGAAGAAAAAGAAGGGUCCCGCUCCAGCCCCACCCUUUAUCAGCGUCGACACCGUCGCCAACGGAACUCAUGUGGAGAAGGACGUGGACAUUGGUCUUGUCCUGAAGCUGCAGAGCCGUAUCAAGGACCUGGAGAAGGACAAGGACAACCUACAGCAGAAAGUGGACAACUUUGAGGACGGUGGGAGUCCAGCACACCGAUCCUCAGCUGUUAUCUCUGAUUCUGCAUUUGAUGCUCUCAAGAAACAGCUGGUGAACGCGGAGGAUGUAGAAAUUGUCAUUAAGUUACAAAAACGUAUCAGGGAAUUAGAAAACGCAAAAUCUAAGCUUGUCGAUGAAUUAGAUGAACGCGAGGAAGAGGACGAGAAUAUGAGUUUCAAAAUAAUGACUCCUGAAUACGCAUAUAAUAAUUUGAAGAUGCAAGAGCUAGAAAAUGAAAAUGAUAAAUUAAAACGUGAAGUAUCAAAACUGGUGGCCUCCAUCGCAGAAACGACAAACUUUGAUCAAACCGUGGAACUGACUCCUGCUGGCAAAGAGUUCUUGGAACAAGAUUUAAACACAGACCGAAUCAAAGUGUUACAAAAGCAAUUUGAAGCGAUGACAGAUGAGUUGGAGCGUCGCCGUGAAGAGUGUCUUCAGCUACGUGCCAUGAUGGCUGAACGCAGUAUUACUACGCAUGAGAUUGCCAAGCAAUCGUACGGCGGGAUAGACAGUAUUGUCAACGAGGACAACGAACUAGCCAUGGCUUACAGGACCCAGAAGGAGCUGAACAGAUUGUUGGAAAACCAGUUACAAAAGACAGAGAAAGAAGGAAAGAAAAAGGAAGAGGGAUAUAAAAAGGAGAUCCGACACUUAAAGAAAGAUAACGAUGAACAACAGAAAAUGAUAACUCAGCGUAAAAAAUCACAUAACAUCUCCCUGUCUCCGGAGGCUAGGAUCGAGGCUACGAUGCAGCAUGAGAUCACCCGACUCACGUCGGAGAAUCUGGAUCUACGAGAGACGAUAGAAAAGAACUCUGACCAAACGCGAAAGCUGAAGAAAAUGCUGAAGGUGUAUGCCAGGCGUCUGAAGGAUGGCGAGGCUGCCGAGAUUGCUGCAGAACUGGAGCAGGAUGACGCCAAAGCAAGCGUGGACAACGUCGCAACAAUCAAACACAGGGAACGCAUGUACAUGGGCAUGCUGGAGUAUAAAAAGGAAGACGAAAACGUACUCAUCAAAAACCUUAUCAUGGACCUGAAGCCCAAAGUUGCCGGCGGGUUGUUACCCGGUCUACCUGCCUAUAUACUGUUCAUGUGUGUACGACACACAGACUAUAUCAACGACGACGAAAAGGUCCGCGCCCUCCUCACCAACUCCAUCAACAGUGUGAGGAAGUGUGUCAAGAAACAUCAUGGUGACCUUGACCGUGUGACCUUGUGGCUGGCCAAUACCUGUCGUCUGCUACACACACUCAAACAGUACAGCGGGGAGAAGGCGUUCCAGUCGGACAACAACACACGUCAGAACGAACACUGCCUUAGGAACUUUGACCUGUCGGAAUAUCGUCAGGUGUUCAGUGACCUGGCAGUGUGGAUCUACCAGACCUUAAUAAAACUGAUGGAGGAAACGAUACAGCCCAUGAUUGUGGCUGCGGUGCUAGAACACGAGGCUAUUGCGGGUCUCACGGCCAGUAAACCGUCGGGGAUGCGAGGACGAUCGUCCAGUACUGCCACCGAUCCAGACAAUGUAAAGGAACUCUCCCUCGACUCUCUCAUGAAGGCUAUGAACAAGUACAGUCAAGUAUUAACUCAGCAUGCUGUUGAUCCGGAGCUUGUUAAGCAGAUCUUCAGACAGUUGUACUACUUUAUAUGUGCGGGCGCCCUUAACAACCUGUUGCUAAGGAAGGAUAUGUGUAACUGGUCCAAGGGCAUGCAGAUCCGGUACAACCUUAGUCACCUGGAGCAGUGGCUACGCGACAACAAACUACACGAAGUGGGCGCUCAGGUUACCAUGGAACCUAUCAUCCAGGCGUCCCAGCUCCUACAGGCCAGAAAAACCGUCGCCGACGUCGACAGUAUCUGUGAGAUGUGUUCCAAACUCACAACCGCACAGAUUGUGAAGAUCCUGAACCUCUACACUCCAGUAGAUGAAUUCGAGGAACGUGUGCCAAUUCCAUUCAUCCGUGAAAUUCAGAAAAAGUUGAAAAAUCGACCACAAGAAUCGGACAAUACACUCCUUAUGGACACCAAAUUCUCGUACCCAGUUACAUUCCCAUUCAACCCGUCAAGCAUCACCAUGGAAACCGUGGAAGUUCCUCAAUCACUCCAUCUAGGUUUCCUGACUCGCGUGUGAUUUUAGUCAACUUAGUCUCUUAAUCUAAUUUAUUGGACAGAUUUGUCAUACGUUUAUGUUUUAUUUUAUGUGUACCGUUUCGUAGGUUAGAAAAACCGACACUUCCUGUGAAAGUGUUUUCUUCCUUAUUUUUUGUUUGUUAUCAUGUAGAAAUUAAGGAUACAUUUCAAGAAAAGUCCUUAAAAAUCAGUAGAAAAUACAUUCAUCCUUUUGAAAUCUGUUUACUGUGAAAUCUGACUUUACUGACAUCAAAAGAAGGACAAGGGAACACUUAGUUCCUGGUUUAAAUCAAUGUCGUAUUUUUCCACUUCUUACAGUUUGAAUCUGAGGCUGAUUAAUUUAACCCACUCACCCCUGAAGACACAUGUGAACUCUUCCAUUCAAAGGUUGGAAUAGUUCAUUAUGAAAUUAUAGGGGUGAAUGAGUUGAAUCCCAGAACAUAAAUAUUUGAGUUUUAAUCCGAGUAAUUAUGGAAAUAUCCCUGAUUUAAAUUUUACGUAAAUGUGCCAUUGAGUCAACUCAUCUUGAUCAAACAAAUUUAUUCUGGUUUUCACAGGUUUCUGUAUACACAUUUAGUUUGUCUUAGGCAGGAAACACCGGAAAAUGUAAAUAAACAUUUGCCCUGUUAUGUUAUUGGGUUAUUGUUAAACAUCCUUGCUUUAUAGAAUAGAAAUUGGCAUUAUCUUACGAAAGUGGUAAAUACAAUAGGAUGUUCCAUACUACUGUUCUAUAAUUUGUUAGCUGUACAAUUUCUUGACUUUGUCCAUAAACGUUAUAGUUGCUGUCGUGUCAAACAGUUCUACGUUAUGUUUUAAAUAUAUGUACAUAAAAUGUUGUUCUACAUGUACGGAAAUUAAAAUAUAUAAUACACGUAAAAUCUAUGUUGAUGUUAAAUUAUUACUGUUAUAUUGAGGACUGUUCCAAAAAGAGAUAUUGACGGGGAAGGGAGGCUCUUUCAGAACCAUUAGACCCGGCUACACAUAAAUAUCAAAAGUAUUUACUGCCUCCCUCCUACCUGUAUAUGUUCAUAUCUGAAGUAGCCUUGUAAGUGCUGUACAGUGCUGACCCGUAAUAAAAACUGUAGUUCCUUACCGUAUUUGCUGUAAUGAGCAUAUUUCCUCUUAUAUAUGUCCCCUUCCUUUUUUGGGUACCUUGAAAUAAUGUCGGUGCCCCUUCCCCAAACACAGCUUCCAUUCUGGUCCUUUGCUGUUAAAGAAAAUUGUACUAUAUGCACUUUAUAUCAGAUAAUUCAGUCUCACAAUCUGACAAGACCGUUUUCAAAAAAAAAAAUAUGGAAAAAUCUAUUUUGGAAUUAUUGCUGAGAUAUGUGUGACAGUCAUGUAACACUGAGAAGCACCUGCCACAAUCUGUGUUUAUUAUCGUAAUAAGUGCCCCCUCCUGUCAAUUUUUCCAGCACCCUUAUUGCUAAUUAUGGCAAAUAUGGUAAGCAAAAUCAUUAAAUCUCUUUGUAUGAUAUUACAGUGUAAUUAUUUAUCUGGAUCAGUAACAUGUUUGACAGGAGCAGGGCUUCUUUUUCUAUACAUAUAGUAAACAUUUAUAGCCAUGUACGAUUGUAUAUAAGGUACAAGGGAUCUCAAACUAAAGUGAUUCUAGGAAAUGUUUAUGAUAAUGUUUUACAUAUACCACUACAUAAUGUAUACUUGCUAAUUUUUGUGAGUAUUAGAAUAACAAGUUGUCAUCUAAUACAGUUUUUCACAAGUUUUUAAUUUGAAACGGGUACAAAUACAUGUGCUAAUUUCAUUAUCAGGCUCACAAGGUUUUUCAAGUUCAUACAUUUUUGAAUUGUAACACAUUUGCAAAGUAAGCGAAAAUUAACUUCUAACAAAAAUAGCAAAUAUUUAGUAUUGAAGUGGAAAUAUAACAGAGGUAUAUACAUGUAUCUGGAGUAUAACGGCCUUUUCUGAAUAUCAAAACACUGUGUUUCUCAACGUGCACUCUUUACAUGUGGUGUUGCUAUAUCUUGGGUUGUGAAGUUUUCUUGGAUAAGCUCCAAUGUGAUGAGUGAUUUACAUGCAGUGAGAUAUUUGAAAUGUAACUGAAAAAUGAUGUUAAUUCAUUGUAUGAAUUUUGAUUUCGUCCAUCUAUUAAUUAAUUAUGUUAAUUGUUAAUAAUUCAUUAGUAUAUUAAUGAUGGUUUUAAACUGUCAUGUUGUCAAAUUAUCAACUGGUAUACAUCCAUGCUUUUCACUGAUCAAAACUUACAUUAAGUCUCAGUUGUCUCCCCUUAAUUGUUUCUCGUGGCAUUUGUGCUAUCGGAAGUUCACCAUGUUGUAUUUUCUUAAUAAAACAAAUUAUUAAAGACAAACUAGAUCGAUUUUGGUAAAAUUAACUUCCAAUAUGCAGUGUCUUAGAAGACAGUUUGGUCUCGUUUCUUUCUCUAUAACUCAUUCGCCCCUGAAGACACAUUUAAACCCUUCCAGUUCAAAGAUUGGAAUAAUAGUUCAUUAUGAAAUUUCAGGGGGGAAUGAGUUAAAAAAAUGUCCAAAAGCAAUCAAAAAGUUUUACAGUCCUGUAAUUUCACUGGGAACAAAGUAGGCAUGCAGGAUUACCAUGACUCAGGUGUAAGAAAUUUUCGCCACUGUUUAAUUUUUGCAAUUUUUGUGCUUCGCAAUGAGAGCGAAUUUUUCAUAACCGUGAAUACAGCAUACCAUAUAUAAUUGUUACAUUACAUAAAGGUGAAAUUCACACUGAGCGAGCGUGGAUUUUACCAGUAAAGGGCAAAUAUUUGUCUUGGCGAAAAUUUUCCUGUAACAGUACAUAUUAACUUAAUAAACAUGCGUUCUGUAGCUGUGAUAAUUAUCAGGGGAAGUGAUAUUGAUGCUGUGUGCUUUGUUUUGGAUCAAACCAACAAUCCCAGACUUCCUAGUCGGAAGUUCUACCACUGAGCUAAAGGGAAAUUCCCUCUAGCUUGAAGCUAGAAAGCGACCGUUAUCCUAUGUACAAUUAAAACCUGCCAAACUACUCCCCCUUUUUAAAUGUGUUCGUCAUCGGUUCUAACUCCCUGUCACCACAGGGAGGGACACGGACAACAUUUGAACCAGGAAGAGAAUAGUGUGCUUCCACCGGGGAUGGAAUCCACAAUCUCUAGGUUCCUAGUCGGACACUCUACCACGGAGCUAAAGGGAAAUUCCCUCUAGCGUGAAGCUAGGAGACUGUAAUUCUAGGUACAAUUAAAAUCUGCCAUAGUUGAAUACUACAAUUUUCCUCACACCUAUUUCCCCUCUGUUAGAUAUUCAUGAUGUGUUUGUGUGUCUGUUUUAGUUUGUUUACAAUUAGUCAAACGGACACUGCCUACAAUAUGAUUAUCAAGGGAGUUAAAAUAAUUCGAUGUACAAGGGAAAUUAAUGUUGAUUUAUUCCGAUAUGAAACAUACCAUGUAUUGUUAUACAAGUGCUGACAUCAGACUUUACUUUUUACAAAUAUAUAUGUAUAAAGUUAAGCAUUUUAUUUUGGCUUUUGAUAGUUAUUUUUGUCAAUUAAUUGCUGUUGAGGUGUAUUUUUUAUACAGAAGAAAUUCUCCAUGUAACACAAAACACUUUAGGAUAAAUAAAGUAAACAAAUGAAAUUUAUCCUUUGCAUUCCAAAAAUGUUCACUUAAAAAGAAAAAAAAAGGGGGGGGGGGGUCAUGCUGAGUAUUGAUCACUUGUUCAGUUUACACAGGAAUAGUUGUUUGUAUGAUUUAUGAUGCAGUGAAUAUUAAAUAAAUUCCUUGUAAAUAAGUACAAAAAUGUAAAUAAAUACCGAAAUUUUAUAAAAUCUACAAAACACAGCAAUGAAUUAUAUUUAAGUUUCAAGUACCCUAGUAUGACCUUUUAUUCAUAUCUAAGCAGAAAAUGGUGAAAACUCAUUUUUUGAAAACUAUGGCUACAGUUUAGAAAUCUACAAACUUUUUCCAUUUUACAAGGUUUAAACUUACUUAAUGUUUAUGGAGGCAUGAUAAAUAUUUAUGUAUCCCAUUCUUGGCUUAAUUUAUUUUUUAUAUAUCUUUUUAUAACUUUGCACUAUUUGCAUUUUCUAUCGCUUCUGUGAAGACUUAAUUAUUUUGGUAUCAAAUUAUUUUGAUAUGAAUGUAAAUGAUUGUUGAUUUUCAAAUGGACCAACCAUAAAUUUAAAACAGGAUGUCUUCCACUAAUUAAGUGGCAUUAUCAAAAUAACUUGUGAAUUGUUUUUUGCGCUAUAUAGAUGUCUUGAUAGUUCUAUUACAUUGUAAAACCUGUUUAAAUUGAACCCCACUGACACCUGUCUAAACUGAACUCCACUGAAACCUGUCUAAAAUGAACCCCACUGACACCUGUCUAAACUGAACUCCACUGAAACCUGUCUAAACUGAACCCUACUGACACCUGUCUAAACUGAACUCCACUGAAAUCUGUCUAAACUGAACUCCACUGAAACCUUUCAAAAUUGAACCCAACAGGACCGUGAUGAAACUGAAUUCCAUUCAUAAAAGAAACGUUUAUUGAUACAACAGGUUUACAUAUAUCUAUACAUCAGAACCAAUUAAGCUGAAAGUUUCCAGAUUACAAAGUUUCAAAUAAGUUGAAACAUACAAAAUGUACUAACUGAAUUAAAGGUCUGGGCCCGUAUUCAUGAUCAAACUCAGAUUCUAUAUGCUUACGUCCCAUUUCUUGUUCCGGUAAUAAAUAAAUUCAAACUUAAUAUUUGGUCUAUGAUUUGGGAGAAUUUUGGAAACAUUUCGAACUGAUAACCGUUUAAAUAACUUUUUUAUCGUUUCAAACGAUUUAAGCGAGUUAUAAGACAGUUGGGUUGAGCACAGACCCUGGUUGGUUUGUAAAGGUUUUUAGAUAGCAACGUUCAGUUUAGGUUGAAAGGUAGAUGCAUACCUAGUUGAAGGUCUGUUUAUACAGUUUCCAGAUUAGAAAGGGCCAAUUUUGGUAGAAGUGUAGUAAUGGACCUGUUUUGAAGGUCUGGUUUAAAAACAUUUCCAGUUCACACUUGUUCAGUUAAGGUAGAAAUGUACAGACUGAAUUGAAAGUCUGGCUUAUACAUAGAAAUGGAAAUGUUAGGACCUGGUCGAAGGUCUUUAUACACAGGUUUUGAAUGACAGAUUCAUGUUUUAUAAAACAGUAUGCACCUACCUAGAUUAGGUCUAUGUAUACAGGGUGUCAAAUUACACAGGGUUCAGUUUAUAUAGGUAACUUACUGUAGUGGGGAGUCUCAAUGCUGUUAGGGUUGUUUAACACUAGUUCACACAUUGCAAUAGUUCUAUAGAAAAAGAAUAUAAAUGUUUACCAUAUAUGUCCUGUAGUAAGCCCAGGGGACCAACACGUAAUCCAUGAUUCAAUGUUUGGGACAGGCUUAUUACAGGAUAGUUAAAUAGCAUAUGUUGGUAUUCUGAACUGCAAUAGAUAUAUGGGUGGGCUUAUUACCAGGCAUGGGCUUAUUGCCGGAUUGAUAUGGUGUUUAUAUCAUCGUUUAUAUAUGAAUUACAAGUUUAAAUAUUCAUGACAUCACAUCACAAUUUGUUUGUAAAUUAUUUUUUGUAGGAAAGUCAUUUGUAAUUAAUAGUUUUAUUUUUAAUUAUCGUGAAUCUGGCUUGUGUUUGAAUGCUUCAGAUUACCUUCAGAUUACCAGCAUCCUGUGUUUGGAGGCCUAUUAUAAAUAUUAUAACUGUUGCUUGACAUUGAUGUUAUCACUGAACAAUGGGUCAGAGAUAAAUAAAUUAGUGUGUCUUUGUUAUGAACAGAGAAAGAUGUCUUGCCAAGUACUCAUUUUUCAUGUUAUGAGAUCCACCGAUUCUUUAAAAAAAGAUCCACCAAAUUGUAUCAGAUUUCUUUUUGAUUUUUUUUCCAUUCAGUUCUAUUGAGGAAAGAUUUUUUUUGGACUUUGUGAUUUUACCCUUCUAAUAAUUGAUUUGGUAAGUAUUUCAUUGCAUGUCUAUAAUAAAUGUAAAUUUCAAUGAUUGCUUGUUAGGUGCAUUAUGUACUGUAAAAUAGCGUAGGGGACAGGCCCGAGGGGAUGUCUACAUUGUUGAAAUAUGUGCCACAAUUUCUAGUAUAGGUUGCUUUGCAUCUAAAUAAGGGUUGCACAAAGUUUUGUGGAAAUGGAUCAUCUAAAAAAGGUCUAAUGUAAAAAAGGAUUGUCUCAAAAUGGCCCUUCUCCUGUAUAAGGUCGGUAGACAAAGUAAAUGGAUGACAUAAAGAAGGGUUGUCUCAAAAUGGCUUAUAUAGACUAUUAAAGGUCUAAUGUAAAAAAGGAUUGUCUCAAAAUGGCCCUUCUCCUGUAUAAGGUCGGUAGACAAAGUAAAUGGAUGACAUAAAGAAGGGUUGUCUCAAAAUGGCUUAUAUAGAAAGAUGAUCGUCUCAAAAUGGCUUAUAUAGAAAGAUGGUUGUCUAAAAAUUAUUAUAACCCCUUACAAUGUGUUUAGAGAUAUACUUGGAUGAAUGUAAUAGUUUUACAUUAAUACAGCACAUUAGUUAGGAACCCUCCGUUUGUUGACGUGUCUCUCUGUUGUGGGGAACGCUUGUUGAGUUUUCUCUCUGUAUCAUUCCAUGUGAUAGCUGGAACGUUUACUAUUAAAUACAGUAUGUGAUCAGACGUA